GCCUUCCGUUCUGCGUCGCCGCUCCGUGGGGCCGUGACUCUGCAGCAAGAUGGCUGACGAAACGGCCCGGGCGCAGGUGGCGCAGCCUGGCGGAGACACCAUUUUUGGGAAAAUCAUCCGGAAAGAGAUCCCGGCAGAUUUCAUCCAUGAAGAUGACCUCUGUGUAGCCUUCCGCGAUGUCUCGCCUCAAGCUCCCACGCACAUCCUUGUUGUCCCAAGAAAGCCGGUGGUGGGGCUCUCCAAGGCCGAGGACGGCGAUGCUGCCUUGUUGGGUCACUUGCUGAUCGUAGCCAAGAAGUGCGCUGAGAAGGCCGGGCUGGCUGACGGCUACAGGAUCGUCAUCAACGACGGUCCAAACGGAGGGCAGUCCGUGUACCAUAUCCAUAUCCAUGUGCUGGGGGGACGUCAGAUGCAGUGGCCUCCUGGUUAACAACUGUCGGUUGAACGUUCAGUCAAGAAGGAAUCACUUUCUCUCACCAUUAUUGUGAACCAAACACAGUUUGUCAUGUAAGUCAAACAAAACCGCCAAACAGCGAAAAUAAAACUCUGAGCUAAGAAAUGUGUUGCUGUGAAAAUGUCA